CAGCUGAUUUCCCGUGUUUUUCCGAGUUUCCGAGAUGUUGCUGCGAAGACUGUGGAACACCGGAUCGCUGGGUGGCCGCCGGGCCGUUAGUUACGUGCAGGGUCAAUCACCGGCACCGAAAGUACGAGAGUACUUUUACUACAUCGAUCACGAGGGUAUGCUCUUUCUGGAUGAUGCAAGGAUUAAGAACUUCACCUCCUGCUUCAAGGAGAAGCAAUUUCUGGAGUUCUUCUUCAAACGCCUCAAGCUAAACGAUACCGAGCGGUACCGGGAAGAGUUUCCUUUCCUGUCCGUGUGUGGCCGUGAGCGGAACUACAUCCGCUGCGAUGAUCUACCGAUCGUAUUCACACACAUCGUCCGAGAUGGGGAGGGCAAGGAAAGGCUAGCGUAUGCACACGCCAGUGAUAAGCUGAGUGUCGAGUGGCAACCAGAUCGCAUCUGCAUGUUUCCGGCCAGUGGUCGGGUGUAUCAUCCAGCACCGGAGCGCUAUGGUUCGAUCGGACUUGUUCGUUCGAAGCUUGCGAUCGAACUGAGCAACGCGUUCACAUUCUGCAACGGCGAGGAUCACCCACCAACACACUUCCUGUGGAGCAGUACGAACCAUGAGCUGGAUCAAAAGUGGUGGCAGAAUACGUAUAUCGGACGCCGCGUGCAAUCAGAAGCGAAUGUUCAAUGCUGAAACUAAAUGUGAUAUACCGCCGUGAUUAGAUACCUUUUUUCUUUCCAUAAACUCACGUUUAUUCAUU